AUGCGUCCCUCCACCCUCCUCCUCCUCCCCAUCUUCACGUCAGUAGCGUCGGCAUCACAAAUCGCCGUCCUCCCGCGGGCAGAGAACUACGACCUCCUCGCCCCCGCCGGACAAGUACCAAUGCCACAACUAAGAAACAACCACACCCCCGCCUCCCUCCCCUCCUCGGCCGAAUCCACGGAGUCCGCAGAGUUCAGCCAGAUCCGCACACAGACACAAACACAAACACGCACUCCCGCCCGGCGGCGACGCCGCUCCGGCAAGACGAAGUCGGCGGAGAGGGAGAAGGAGAGCGCCGGCGAUAGGAACGAGGGUCUCACCGCACGGCAGGUCGUUGGUGCUGUGGCGGUCGCGGUGUUGGUGGCUGUGUUUUAGCCGUGCUGGGGUGGCAUGGGGGGGAACGGGGAGUCUGUUUUUGGUUUUUUGGUUUUUAUACCUGGCGUUUGGGCGGGGGGAACGGAGCUUUUGUUUAUGGCGUCUUAUGGGCUUGGGAAUGAAUGGACGGACAUGGGAAUGGGAAUGGGAAUGGAUGAACAUAGGUAUGAUCGGGGGAAAUGGCGGGGAGGACGGCGCUGGAGCCUGGAUCACUGCGAUGCAUCAUGAUCCGGCUGUGGUGUAUUAUACGCAUGUACAUUGUGGAGGAUUAUAGGAUGUAAAUAUUUUCCGCGGGAAUGCGCACAAAUGGGCCAAUCGAUCAAGAAAGAAAGUUGAUCAUUUAAUAUUUAUUUGGUUCAUAAGUGAGAAUUCGGGUGUGGG